AUGUUAUUCACAAGAAGUUCAAUCCAAAGAGGGAAACUUCUAGGUAGUACAUUACUCAACAACACUAAAGUUCAAUCUUCAUUCAUUCCAAAAAGAACUUUAGUUCAAGUUAAACCAAAUACCAAAUUCUUGAAUAAUAAACAACAUUCAUUAUUCACUUCAAACAAACUUUUAAAAGAAUCAAGAUUUAUUUCAACAACAAACCAACUAAAAUAUUCACAAUUAGAAUUUCCGAAGACAAUUCCAAAAGCUAAAACUUUUAUGAAUGAUACAGCCAUAGGAAAAUGUUUUAAAUUUUCAAUUAUUGCCAUUGGUUUAGGUACAAGUACUAUUGCAGUUUUAAUUUUGGGUUUCUUCGUUUAUGAUGCAACAACUUAUCAUCCGGAAGAAUUACCUGAUAAUAUUAAAAUUAAUCAAUUGGCAUUGAACCCAGAAAAAGGAGGUCCAGAAAAUUUACCAGUUUUAAAAUAUAAUUUAGAUGAUUAUGAUUCUCCAGAUAAGGAACAUUUACGUUUUAGACCAAAAUUAGUUGUUUUAGGUUCAGGUUGGGGUUCUGUUGCAGUUUUGAAAAGUUUAAACCAUAGUGAUUAUGAUGUUACUGUUAUUUCUCCAACUAAUUACUUCUUAUUCACUCCGUUAUUACCAUCAGCUGCUACAGGUACUUUAGAAGUUAAAACUUUGAUUGAAAGUAUUAGAAAAAUUGUUAAUAAAUUAGAUGGUCAUUAUUUAGAAGCUUAUGCCGAUAAAGUUGAAUUUAGUGAAAAAUUAGUUAAAGUUCAUCAAUUUGAUAAAUUAAGUGGUGAAAAACAAGAAUUUUAUGUCCCAUAUGAUAAAUUAGUUGUUGCUGUUGGUUCAAACUCAAACACUCAUGGUGUUGAAGGUUUAGAACAUUGUAAUCAAUUAAAGACCGCUGAAGAUGCUGUUGAAAUCAAGAAAAAAAUCACUUAUUUGUUAGAAAAAGCUUGUUUACCAACUACUACUGAUGAAGAACGUAAAAGAUUAUUAAGUUUUGUUGUUUGUGGUGGUGGUCCAACUGGUGUUGAAUUUGCAGCUGAAAUUUAUGAUUUAUUGAAUGAAGAUUUACCAAAAUCUUAUCCAAAUAUUUUAAGACAAGAAUUAAGUGUUCACGUUAUUCAAUCAAGAUCCAAUAUUUUAAAUACUUAUGAUGAAAAAAUUUCCGAAUAUGCCGCUGAAAGAUUCAGAAAAGAAACAAUUGAUAUUUUAACAAACUCAAGAGUUGUUAAGGUUUUACCAGAUGAAGUUGUUUUCAAUCAAGUUAAUGAUGAAGGUAAACCGGAAUUAAAGAGUGUUCCAUUUGGUUUAUGUUUAUGGUCAACUGGUGUUGCUCAAAAUCCUUUAGCUAAAGAAAUUGUCAGUGCAUUAUCAUCAUCACAAAGAAACAAGAGAGCUAUUGAAACUGAUUCUCAUUUAAGAGUUUACGGUGCGCCAUUAGGUGAUGUUUAUGCCAUUGGUGAUUGUUCUACAGUUAGAACUGAUUUAGCUGAUCAUACUGUUGAAUACGUUCGUAAAUAUAUUGUUGAUAAACAUUUAAAACAUAUUUCAUCAAAUGAAAUUAUUACUGAUGAAGAUAUUAAACAUUUGAAAUUAAGUUAUUCAGAAAUUUUUGAAUUAGGUACAGAAAUUUCAAAGAGACAUCCACAAGCUUCAGAAGCUUUAAAUUUCCUUAAUGAAUUGGUUCCAAGAUAUGAUCAAAACCAAAGUGGUCACUUAUCUUUUGACCAAAUUUCUGAUUUAUUGAAAGAUAUUGAUUCAAGAAUUACUUCUUUACCAGCUACUGCUCAAAGAGCCCAUCAACAAGGUAAAUAUGUUGGUAAAAAAUUAUCAAAAUUAGCUAAAUCUUCAGUCUCUUUAACCGUUAAUGAUAUUUUAGAUGGUGAUAUUGAUGAUGCUAUUUCAAAACCUUUCCAAUAUAAACAUUUAGGUUCAUUAGCUUAUAUUGGUAAUUCUGCUGUUUUUGAUUUACCAGGUUAUUCAUUCGUUGGUGGUUUGGUUGCUAUGUACUUAUGGAGAGGUACAUACUUUGCCCAAUCUGUCAGUUUAAGAACAAGAGUCUUGUUAUUCUUGGAUUGGUUGAAGAGAGGUUUGUUUGGUAGAGAUAUUUUAAGUGUAUGA